UGAAAAAAAUUCGUUGCAAGUAACACCGCUUGUAUAAAUUCAUAUAAAUUGGACUGAAAAUGUUAUCAAAUACAAUGAUAAUUAAACUAGUAUAUGAAUGGUACUUAAAAACGAAUCAGCUCACGCACUCGUUUGAUUACCUCCGUUCAGCAUUGAAGUGUUCGAUAUGUUUUACACAAGUGAUUAUAACUCAUACAGAAACCAAAAUAUUAAAGGAAACAUUUUUACCGUUAUAUUAAACGGGUUUUGCACCUCGAACAGUUUUCCUACAUUCUCCGUUGCACAUGCAUCGAAACCACUCAUAAAUUUUUCAACUAUAUUUGGAAUGCAGAAUGUCCGUUUCAAUAAAAUGGACAUACAACGAGUUUCAAUCUUCAAUAAAUUCUACUGCGUUUUUAUAUUAAGUCUGUUAAUUUGUGUCAUUGUCUACAUCCCGCCUCUUAGUUGGAAAGAAACUAAAUCGGAUCUACCUUUAAAUAUACUAACGAGAUUAUUCGGAGUUUUACAAACUUUCGAGAUAUUUUAUUACGUUUUUAUAGUCUCCUUUGGCAACGCGAGUUAUUACUGGAACUUGUAUAAAACUUUAAACAGUUUGGAUAACCAUUAUGAGAAGAGGUUGAAAAUGUUUCGUAAACGACGAUAUUUGGCUAUUUUUCUAAUGUUUACUCCGCUACUGUUAGUCUCAUUUACUUUUUAUUCACGAAAGUUUACCAUAAAGAAUGUUGUAGCACAUAUAACAUUCUUUCUUAUUAUGGUCCAGGGAGUGAACUUUGUAUAUUUCAUCGUCAAUAUUUUUAUAGAGGUUUUAAUCUUUAAGGCUGUAUUGUUUAAAAAAGUUGAAGACUUUGUUCCUACAGAUAUUAACAAAAAGUGUUUUUUUACGAAACUGUUGAUAAAAAGACUUGUUAGCACAGAAAACUUGAAGCGUAAUUAUUGCUGGUUUGAACUUAUGCAAAUUUAUGAUAAGAUCGCUGAUUGCGUUUAUAUCUUCAAUAAAAUAUAUGCAGGGCAGAUUUUGAUUAUGUUUGAAGCCUGGCUGCUAACUACUGUUCUUGUUAUAUGCAGAUCAUUAUCGCCAUCUAUGAAGAAUAUAUAUAUCAAAGCCAAGUACAAACUAUGAUCAAUCUAGUGCAAGGCAGAAAAAUAGAAUUAUCGGCUGUCGUGACAGCGGUGGAUAUACCAAUCCUGAUUGCGUUUGCUGGCAAAGUUAUAUCCUAUAGUGUUUUAGUAAUACAAUAUUUUUACAUU